AUGGAUGAUAGCUUCAGGAUCAGAAAAGGUCUGUACCUUUUGUUCUUAUUCUUGGUGUCUAGAGUGGUGUGUGUCUCUAUUCGCUAUUCUUUGCCUGAAGAGAAGAAAAGUGGGUCUCUGGUGGCUAAUGUGCUGAAGGAUUUGAAACUGGGACCAGGGGAGCUCUCUGCUCGCAGAGCCCAGCUGGUUUCCAAAAGCAAUAAGCAGUACUUCCAGCUGGAUAGCCGUUCUGGGAAUCUCUUUGUAAAUGAAAAGAUAGACAGAGAAGCUUUGUGUGGGAAGGUGGAGCCUUGCUUACUGUUGUCUGAAAUUGUGCUCCAAAACCCCUUAACAAUCUACAUUAUUGAGAUUGAGAUCAAAGAUGUGAAUGACAAUUCACCUGAAUUCUCCAAAAAGGAAUUUGAAUUAGCAAUUCCUGAGAAUGUUCCUACAAAUACACGAUUUCCUUUGGAAUCUGCCCAAGACACAGACUUAGGUGAAAACACUAUUCAGAACUACACACUCAGUGUCAAUGGGAAUUUCAGAUUGGAUGUACAAAGUAAUGAGUUUGGGAGCAAAUAUGUGGACCUUGUUCUGGAGAAAUCACUAGACAGGGAGAAAGAAGCUCAUUUGCGGCUGACUCUCACAGCUGUUGAUGGAGGGGUGCCCCAGAGAACAGGCACAAUUCAAAUAAAUAUUAAUAUUCUGGACAUCAAUGACAACUUCCCGCAGUUUACACAAUCUGAAUAUAAAGUGAAGCUAAAGGAAAACAGUCCUCGUGGUACUCUAGUGUCUAAAGUAGAAGCCAGAGAUUUGGAUUUUGGUUCAAAUGCAGAGAUCACGUACUCAUUCCAUCGGGUACCUGAGAAUAUAGAACACUUGUUCUACUUGCAACAGAAAACUGGAGAAAUCACAAUUUUGGGUCCAAUUGACUAUGAAAAGGAAGCCAGCUAUCACUUAGACAUUAAAGCAACAGAUGGAGGGGGCCUUUCAGGCCACUGCAAGGUCCUGGUGGAAAUUGAGGAUGAGAACGACAAUCUACCUGAGAUAUCGGUCAUAUCCGUCACCAACCCUUUGGCAGAAGACUCUCCCCUAGAUACUCUGGUCGUCCUCUUCAGUGUCACAGACCGAGACUCCGGAGACAAUGGCAGGACCUUCUGCUCUGUGGAGAUGAACUUGCCUUUCCUGUUAAAAAACACUGUGAAUAAUUAUUAUCAACUGGUGACCCAAAGGCCACUGGAUAGAGAGAAAGUCCCUGAGUAUAACAUCACCAUCACAGCUACUGAUCGGGGCUCUCCCAAGCUGAUUUCUGUUAGAAUAAUUAGCGUUGAGAUCUCAGACAUCAACGACAACUCUCCAGCGUUUGAGAAGUCCAAGUAUGAAAUGCAAGUGUGGGAAAACAACAUUCCUGGCCUGCUGAUGGGUUUGGUCCGGGCUGCCGAUCUGGACGUGGAGCAGAAUGCCAAGGUGACCUAUUACCUUGUGCCUGGAAAUGCCAGUGGUGCUCCUGCGGCCUCUUAUGUUUCCAUCAACUCUGAGACGGGGAAUCUGUAUGUCCUGCGAUCUCUGGAUUAUGAGCAGAUCAAGGAGUUCCAAGUGACAGUGAGGGCUUCAGAUGGGGGCUCUCCUCCACUGAGCUCAGAGGUUGUUGUUCGAGUUGUGAUCCUGGAUGAAAACGAUAAUGCGCCCUUCUUCCUCUACCCACUUCAGAACAGCACCUCCCCCUUCAACGAGCUGGUUCCCAAGUCAGCGGAGUCCGGUUACCUGGUUGCCAAGGUGGUGGCUGUGGAUGGGGAUUCGGGCCAGAACUCUUGGCUGUCCUAUGAACUCCUGAAGGCCACAGACCCCGGCCUUUUCAGCAUAGGAGCCCAGAACGGAGAAGUGAAAACCCGGAGACCACUGACGGAGCGAGAUACCAACAAGCAGAGACUGAUUAUCCUGGUGAGAGACAACGGCCACCCUCCCCAGACCAGCACUGCAACCCUGAAUGUCCUUCCGGUGGAUGGCUUUUCAGAUCCUUAUCUGAAUAUUGCAAGCGUCAGUCACGAAGCCAGUGAGGAAGACGGCUCCUUGACCAUGUACCUGGUGAUCUGCUUGGCUGCGGUGUCCUUUGUGUUCCUGGUUUGCAUCAUUGUGUUUGUUGCCAUCAAAGUGCACAAGAAAGAGUCUAGUUUCAUCACCGCCCUUCCUCAGUUCCCACCUGCCUUGCCUGAGAUCCCAGAAACCGGUGUCGAUUCUCAGAGUGGAUCACUUUCCCGGACUUACCGCUAUGACGUUUGCCUAACCGGUGGAUCACUAAGCAGCGAGUUCAGAUUCCUUAGGCCUCUCAUUCCUGUUUUUUCUAUGGGAGACCCAAACAUUUCUGAGAAUCACAGGAUUUCUUCUAUCUCUCAAGAGGCUCCUGAGCAAGCAGAAGGCCAAAAACAAAGAGAACAGGUAUGUAAAUAG